UAUAAAUGAAUCAAAUAAAUCUUGUCUUGCUCCAGUGACUCAGCUACUGUAGGCAUUGGGCUCACAUAGGCUUUUCACAGUCUACUGUGCCGCUGGAUUUUUUUUUGUGGGAAAACAGCAAAAUUCUUUUGCAGAUGAUCACUAAAGCACAUUGAAUUUGCGUUAUACAGUGUGCCUGGACACACCUGGCUUGUCGCAAGUCUCAGCGAUGCGAAAGAAAGCAAGCUGGGGUGACACAUUCCUAGCGGUCAAAGAGUCUUCUCGGUUUCUUCUCUCUCUCCCUGCACAGGAAAAUUGCUUCCAGACAUGAAUUAGGAACCAGGGGAGCUCCUUCGUCUACGGGAUGGAAAGCCGGGCGUCUGUGAUAUUCGCCAUGCAUGACACUCAGCACCUUUCGGAGGAAAAGAUUUCAAGCCCAGCCAAUGGGAAGGCUGAACAGUUUGAAUCAGAUGAAAGCUCAAAUUCAGAGGAUGCUGAUUUCAACUGGGAUGAAUACUUGGAAGAAUCGGGAUCUAGCGCUGCCCCUCAUACUUCAUUUAAGCAUGUGGAGACCAGUCUCCAGAGCAGCUUCCAGCCAGGGAUGAAGCUUGAAGUUGCCAACAAACAUGAUCCAGAUACCUACUGGGUGGCCACCAUCAUUACCACGUGUGGCCAGCUCUUGCUGCUGCGUUACUGCGGGUAUGGCGAUGACCGCCGGGCUGAUUUCUGGUGUGACGUGAUGACGGCGGACCUCCAUCCCGUGGGCUGGUGCACCCAGAACGGCAAAGUGUUGAUGCCUCCAAGCGCUAUCAAAGAGAAGUACACAGACUCCAUUGAGACUUUCAUAUCACGUAAUUCGACAGGCUCCUUAACAGCUUCGCAAAUUGGAAGGCUUUUGCUUCUAUUCAAACAGCCUCUGCGAGGGAAAAAUCCUGUAGACCUCAUUACAGUUGAUUCCUUAAUAGAGCUGCAGGAUUCCCAGAAUCCCUUUCAAUACUGGAUAGUUAGUGUUCUUGAGAAUGUUGGAGGAAGAUUACGUCUUCGCUAUGUGGGAGUGGAGGAGACUGAAUCCUAUGACCAGUGGUUGUUUUACUUGGAUUACAGACUUCGACCAGUUGGUUGGUGCCAAGAGAAUAAGUACAGACUGGCUCCACCUGCAGAAAUCUAUUCUCUGAAGACCAUGCCUCAUUGGCAAUCGGCUCUGGAAAAAUCCCUUAUUGAGGCCUCAAAGUUUCCCCUCCCAAUGGAGGUGUUUAAGGAUCAUGCUGACUUGAGGAACCACUUGUUCACCGUGGGGAUGAAAAUGGAGGUGGUGGACAUAGAAGAGCCGUACAGAAUUUGCCCUGCAACUGUCACUAAGGUUUUUAAUAAGAAUUUUGUUCAAGUAACCAUUGAUGACCUCCACCCCGAAACUAUCAAAACUUCAACCCUCUGCCAUGCUGAUUCAUUGGGGAUCCUGCCAGUACAGUGGUGCCUGAAAAAUGGAGUCCACCUCACGCCUCCCAAAGGUUAUUCAAGCCAUGACUUUGACUGGGCGGAUUACCAGAAGCAGUGUGGCGCGGAAGCGGCUCCAGAGUUCUGCUUUAAAAACGUCUCCUUCAGCCGCGGCUUUACGAAAAACACGAAGCUAGAGGCUGUGAACCCCAGAAACCCAGCCGAAAUUUGUGUGGCUUCUGUCACCGCAGUGAAGGGGAGGUUAAUGUGGCUUCGCUUUGAAGGGUUACGGGAGCCUGCUUCGGAAUACAUAGUUGACGUAGACUCAAUGGACAUAUUCCCGGUUGGCUGGUGCGAAGCAAAUGCCUACAAGCUGUCAGCACCACGUAAAGCAGUUUCCUACCUUUCUCCCUCAACAGGGAAACCACCAUGUUGCCGCCGGGGGUGGGGGUCUCUCUUCCUCCACCAACACCCGUUCCUGCCUCAGGCAAAUCCAUUGGGUGACCCUGCUGCUCUCAAACGUCUGCUGCUCUUUGUGUUUCUCCUGCAGGAUAUUGAUGGCCAAGCUCUCCUUCUGCUGACUCUUCCGACGGUCCAGGAGUGUAUGGAUCUGAAGCUUGGCCCGGCCAUCAAACUCUGCCACCAGAUCGAGCGGGUCAAGCAUGCUUUCUACGCCCAGUAUGCCAACUGAUGCCUCUGCUCCGUUUUCCGGAGCUCCGAGAUGGACUAGGGCUACCAGUCUCCAGGAGGCAGUGUUUCAGAUCUCCCGGAAUGAUGACUGAUCUCCAGACUACAGAAAUUUCAAGCCCCGUGCAAAGUCAGAGGCAGCGGGACACAGCGCCAAUGGGGCACUGCCCCGCUGCCUCCAAGGGGACUUUUCAGAGGUGAACAGAGCCAAAAAGAAAAGCUCCAUCCCCUUCCUGCAUUGGAAAGUCUCAUAAGGGUUAGAGCUGGGAUGUACCACUCCCAGCCCAAAACCUGGGGAUGGAGCUUUUGGGUACACCCUGGCCUGGUCUGCCCCAACACUUGUGUCCAUUCAGGAUGCCGGCACAAUCCUGCUGCAGCCCAGCGUCCAAUCGGUGCCGAGGGGCAGGCAACCACUGGCGCAUUGGUCUCCUCCGCUGAGGGAGGUGCCCUGGGGAGAGAGGGCAAACAUGAGGCCGUGCCACUGCCCCUCCCCGCCACCCUUCGGAUGGGGCUCUUAUUUAUUUAUUUAUUUUAUGGGAUUUUUUUAUACCGCCCUUCCCUUUUCAGGCUCAGGGAAGUUUUCCAACCUUCGACAAAACAGUUUGUGAUGAAUACAGUAUAAAUAAUUUAAAAGUUAAAAGAGUCAACAUUUCAGUUUAGAUCAGUUCCCUCGGAGAAGAGCUUCGCCGGGUCGUGUCUGUCCUUGUGAUACUCCACCGAGGUCCGUUCCCUCCCCAGACUCAACCCCUACAUCUCCAGGAGUUUUUUUUGUCCUGGAGUUGGUAACCCCUCGGUUUCCCCUGGGAUCCUCACACCUCUUGGCAUUCAGCAGCACUGAGAGGAAUAACAACACAAGGAAUAGCGUCAAAGGAAAUGGCCGAGUGGGCCAAAACUAACUGUUGUCCAGGAGGCCUCAAAGUGACUGCCUUUUCUCCUCAGGAAAGUCUCCACGGGAGUGUCACAAAAGGGUUGUGAGACAGCAACCGUUGAGAUGGAUGGGGCCAAGAAUCAGACUUUUGUGAUGUCCAGCUCCAGCACAGGGUUGGCGUUCCUCAGCAGAUCUGCACCUCAUAGCACUAUUUGUUUUUUGUUAAUUUGACUAUUGUGACUUUCCUCAAAGAAACCUGGGAAAUUUAGUUAGUGUAUUUCUGAGAAUUCUGCUGGAGCUUUAAUUCCUGAUACACUCUACAGCACAGUCCCAGAGUUCCCUGGGGCAGUAGGAAUGACGAUUAAACCCUUCCUUUUUUUGACAGAAUUCAAGUAGGCUGUGGAAUUCCUAAGGGUCUGUGAUGGAGAAAUUGUCAGCUCACAAAAUGACCAUUUCUGGGAUUUUUUUGAUGGAAGGCAUGAGAGUCAAUAUGGUAUAGACCUGCCCUCUCUUCAAAAAGGAUAUGUUAGUGGACUUUGCAGUGGCCAGAACUGCCUUGGCAGAUGCUGAGACAUUUUGAGGGCAGUGCAUGGAGACAGUGGAGUUUGGGAAGGAUGUGACAUCACUUCUGGGUGACGCCCUUGGAAUUUUCCCCAAGGUCACCCAGCAGGAAUGUAGAAGUGUGGCAACACAUCUGGUUCACCCGAUAAGCCUCAUGUGGAGGAGUGGGGAAUCAAACCCGGUUCCCCAGAUUAGAAUCCACCUGCUCUUAACCACUAUACCACGCUGGCUAGAGCACAGCAAGAGUUACAGGGCAUAACCUUUCAAGAGCUCCUGGAACUUUGACUCUCAAAAACUAGCUCUAAGCGGCUACUGGCCUCGCAUUUAACUGUUCUACUUGUCGAACAACAUGGCUGCCCUCUGAAACUAUUUUCCAGCAUGUAGACUGUAAUGUGGUUCUUCACGUGUAGUUUUAUUUCCCCCCUGUCCCAGGAAUUGUUCCACCAGUACAAAAAAUAUGUCUUAUUUCUAGGUUAUUGAGUAUAAUCCGGGAGGGAGGAGUCUUACUUCAUGAUCCCAGCAAGAGUCUGGUGUGACUGUAAUUUGCCGUCUUCUUUCUGUUCAGUUCCGAAUUCUUGAUUUAAUAUCUACACCACCAACCCUCCUAAAGGAGGGGUCUUUAUCAAUUUCCUUUCCUCCCCAUUACCAAUCACUUCAAUCCUUUGCUUCACCAUCCAGAAUGGAAAUGCACAACCUUUCCUGGCUUCAUCCACCCUUAACAUCCCACCCCCACCCCCCAAAGCUUUAGGUUCUAAUGAAAGGAAAGGGAAUGAAUUUAAAAAAACCUUUAUCCCCCUCUCCCUGCAAGAGAUCAAGGUGGGGCUCACAGUUCCCCUGUCUCUUUUUAUCCUCACUAGAGAAGUUAAGUUGAGAGACUAUGGUUGCUCAGUACUGUGCCAAAUUGGGGAUUCAAACCUGAUUCUUUCAGAUCCUACUCUUAGCAUUGCUCCACGCUGGAUCUUAGGAAUCCAUUCCCUUUUACAGCUUCCCUUUCCAAAUCGAUUGAAGUUCUCUGUACUUGCAGCUUCUGGGCCAAGCUGGAGAAAAGUAAAUUACGGGAGUAAACCCUGUUUGCGUGUACAACAACCCGCUCAGUAAAGCAUUUGUACGGAGAAGCCCCUGUGGAAUUAGGGUAAUAGUAAAACAUUUGAUUGUUAGUAGCAGCAGCUUGAAGAAAUAGCCUCCGGUGUGUUAUGCAAUCAGCCAGCAUCCUGUGACUCUCAAGGAACAAUUGCAGUUGGAGAGUAUUUCGAAAGCAAAUCUGGAAGCAAAAUAUUGCAGAAGCCUUCAGUUUUACCGGACAUGGGAACAUAUUAUUGAUUCUUUUGUACGAGAUUGUAUUUGGUAUGUGUGCACAUAAUAUAUAUAUACAUAUGUAUAUGAUUUGAUGUAAAUAAUGGACAAAAAUCUAUAUGCAGAGUUACAUUUUAAUUUUUAUUCCCUUUAAAAAAAAACAACCCAGUCCUCUUUUUACUUGGAUAAUUGUAAGCCAGGUUGUUAAUAAAGUCAUACAAAAGCUUC